GUCAUCUUUAAGCUCACACAAGUGUGGCUGACAAGAAACAAGCCACACGUUUACAGGUGAGUUUAAUGCUGUUUGGACAAUCGCUCUUCGCCUAUUUGACCACAUAAGAUGUCUUCACUCCUCAAGGUGGACAAUGAAAUCAAAACCAAGGUUGAUGCAUUCAGGGAACGUAUCACUGCAGAAGCAGAGGACCUAGUUGCAAAUUUUUUCCCAAAUAAGUUACUGGAACUUGAUCACUUCCUUAAGGAUCCAAUCAUAAACAUCACUGAACUGAAGGAGAUACACUCAGAGAUAAAUCUGACGGUGCCAGACCCCAUCUUGCUCUCAAACCUGCAUGACGGACUAGAAGCGCAAAACGCAAAAAAGAGAAAGCUGGAGGAUGGAGGUGGGGAGGACAUGGUGACUGGCACCAAGGUCUUUGUCAUGCCUGGUGGGAUGAUGAAGAGCAACGCAAACCUUGUUGAUCUUAUUGAAAAGGUCAAGCCAGAGAUCAGGACACUCAUAGAGAAAUGUAAUACAGUCAAAAUGUGGGUGCAGCUGCUCAUCCCAAGGAUAGAGGAUGGCAACAACUUUGGAGUGUCGAUCCAGGAGGAGACAGUAGCUGAACUCCGAACAGUUGAAGGGGAGGCAGCGUCUUACCUCGACCAGAUAUCAAGAUACUACAUCACAAGGGCGAAGCUGGUUUCUAAAAUAGCAAAAUAUCCACAUGUGGAGGACUAUCGGCGCACAGUAACCGAGAUUGACGAGAAGGAAUACAUCAGUCUGAAGAUCAUAGUUUCUGAGCUCAGAAAUCAAUACGUAACGUUACAUGACAUGAUCCUGAAGAACAUUGAGAAGAUCAAGAGGCCUCGAAGCAGUAACGCUGAUGCAUUGUACUGAUGUUCAUCCAGCCAUCUCAGCCUCCACCCACACCCCCAUCUCCGCCCCACUGUCUCCCUGCCAUGCCUGUUGAGCUACAGUAGCCUGGCCCUGGUCCACAGGAAUACAACUAGACAUUCACCUACUUCAAUACAAUCGUCACAGCCCUGUACAAAAACAUAGCUUCCAUAGAUGAACACAAUGCACAUGUUUUUGUUUUAAUUGUAAAAUAUUUUUUCUUGUUUUAAGCCCUCUGAAGACAUAAACAUUCUCUCAGAAAAAGAGGAGAUAGAUUCUAGACAACAAAAGCGCUAUGUAUUUUUUAAUUUUAAUUAAACAUUUGUCCUCA